ACUGAAAGAAAACUUCACAAAUUCGUCAAUCGAAUUGCGUCAUUUUUGCUCUUAUAGGUAAGUUCCACUUGCCGUUCGUGAGCGUUACCCUAUCUUUGUUUACCUUUCAAUGAAAAACAAAUGAUUCUAUAAACCUUGCAAACGACAAGUGGAACUUACUCUAGAUCUCUUGGUGUUCUUAUAUCACCCCACUAUGCUAUUUCUCAUUCCUACUACUUUUCUUGUCCAAUCAUCGCAUCACUAAACAAGGGGUGCUUUCCACUUACUAGUGUGAGUGAGACACACUGAUACGCUCUUUCUCACACUAAUGGACACUGUGUUACACAAUGUCGUCUGUAUACGUGGCUGGAAAGCACCCUUCGUUUUUUGACCAUUCCCUUUCCAGACAAGAUAGAGAAUGCGCAGUUUAUUUCUGAUAUGUUUAUGUGAGCUGAAUUGGGUGUGGUUGGAUAAGAUCCUGAUUUAUAUAGAUUAAAAAGUUCAAGGUUUUCUCAAUAACAAGUGUAUGAUAGUAGUGUUUUAAAUUCAAGUAGGCUGGCUGAAGAGCAUAAGAGCAUAAGACACGGUAAACAUAAAACAAAUUUUUUACUUGAUAAUUUGAUUUAACACACUAUGCAAAUUCAGUUUUUACAGAGCAAAUCUGCAUUUGCUCAUAUUGUGAAUAUUGCAUUAAAAACGAAACAAUUAGUUUUAGAUAUUUGUUAUCUUCUACUUGCUAUAAUAUCAAAUCUUCUUUCAGAUGGCAUUGGAACGUUUCCCGCGAGGAGAGAAAAAACUCAAUGUAAACAAUUCUUUAGAUCUAUUGGAUAAAAAGCGUGAGCAGAAGAAAAAACAUAAAACUCAGACAAAAAAAGGGAACAAUAAAAGUACAAAGGACACAAGUCUUCUCAAUGUAGUACACUGUUUACGUAAACAAGAUAUACAGGAAAAAAUGACGAUUCUUGGUCGAGUUGAUACUGUAAUUAAAGAUGAAAUAUUUGUGUCUCUACCUGGUGGUAAUUAUGGAAGUGUAACGCCUUUCGAUCUCAGCCGAUUGUAUUCAGACGGAAUCACACACAAACUUUUAUUUGACACUAGUUUGAAUUCGACUCAUUUACUUCAAGUUCAACCUAUAUCAAACUUGUAUAAUCCUGGUGAUUACGUAGUAUGUUAUAUCAAGAGGAAAUAUUGUAAAGAUAACAUUUUAAAGAUUUCUGUAUCUCUGGAUCCGCAGUUGAUAAAUCAAAAAGUUCCUAGUAGUUUUCUCGCAGAAGGUGUAAAAAUUGUUUGCACCAUUAUGAGCGUGCAAGAGAAUGGAUAUGUGAUUGACACGGGUAUAGUUAAUGUCAAAGCAUUUUUAGCUAGCGAGAAUAUUGACGACGGGAAGUCUUACUUGCCAGGUAAUCAAUUGUUUUGCGUCGUUAAAGAGAUACAAACGGCAGAUCACGUUUCUAUCGUUCACCUGACAGCCAAGAAGAAGACAAUUGAUAAAGUCAGCACGUACGACACGAUGUUCUUAGACAGUAUAACACCUGGAACGCAAUUGUCCCUUCGCAUUGUGAAGCGCAUCAAGAAUGGCUUCCAAGUUGCAUUCGGAGAAAACAUCAUCGGAUACGUACACGACUUGCACUUGGACAAAGAUAUAAGUAAAUACAAAAACGAUAUGGAAGUUACCGGCAUGUUAUUGUACGUGCUACCCAUUGUGAAACAGGCGUAUUUUUCUUUAUUGAUCACCGAUUGUAAAAAGAAAUUCAAUUACGGCGAUUUCAUAAAUAAGGCUGUAGUUUUACAAAUAAGAGAAAAGGAAGAGAUAUUGGUCAGAUUGCCUUUCUCCUCUGACAAACCGUCAGUAAACCAUGCUUUUGGAUUAAUACCUCUAUUCAAAAGUGUUUUUCCGUUUGACAAGAUACCGACUAUCUACGCACCGGGUACUACACAUAAAUGCAGAAUACGUGGAUACUGGUGGAUAGAACAGCUUCACUUGUGUUCAAUGGAAUACUAUACCUUUUGCCUACAGUCGGAGGCAAAAGCCUAUUCAUUUAGAGAUUUUAAAAUUGGCGAUGUUGUUGAGGUACAAGUCACAGAUGUUAAGAAGAAUCACGUAUUUGUGAAAACAAAAUUUAGUCGUGGGUUUGUACCACCGGAACACAACAACGGUGCGCGUCAAUUUAUCGGUGGAGAAUCUAUUCGGGUGGGAGUUUUGAGUAUAGAUCCAUGGACGUCUUGGGUAAAGUUUACCAUGAGAUUGUACAGCGACCUGCCGAUUCUAUGCGACAUUUCGCAGGCGAAAUGCGGAUCGAUAUAUCACGGUACAGUGGUGAAAGUUCGAAAAAAUUGCUCGAUUAUAAGGUUUUACGAAGAUGUCAAAGGAUAUGUGCCGCACUCCAUAUGUCCAAGGUGUUUUGAUAAUCGCUCCCAAAAAAUUGGCAAAAUUGUAAAAGUACGCGUCAAAUCGAUAGAUGAGAAAAAGAAGAAAAUGAAAUUAGAGUUUGUUUCUACAGGACCGCAGAAUAAUAGUGUCUCCAUAGAUCUCGGACAAGAAGUUCGUGGGAUAAUUAUUAGAAAACAGGAAUUCGGAGACAUGGACGGGAUGCUUACCGUACAAGUAUACAUUUCUAACGAAAUAUACAUAACCGGUUUCUUACCGGCAGGUCAUAUGGCUCCUUGUAUUAAACUCGGUUAUAAAAUAAUGCGGGAGUAUAAACUUGGAGAUAUAAUUACAGCCUAUGUUUUUAAUACAGUACCAACGUUACUGUUGUCACGUGCUUACAAGUUCAAAUUCGAUGCAAAUAGAUUCAGUUGGUUGAAAGAGAACAGUUUUAUUCUAUGUUCAGUCGACGAUAUAUUAGAAAGCACCGUGAGAGUUGUUUUACCCGUUAAGCAAAUAUAUUGCAAAUAUGCAAAAUUGUCAAAACGAGACACCAGCAACUUCAAAUUGUUGCAUAAACAUCAGUUACUAUAUGCCAGAAUUAAAACUAGUGACAAUCAAGAGAAGCGAGUAUAUCUGACGCAGAAUUUGACCGAAAUUUGGGGAACGCUUGACGAAGAUAGGAAAAAAGAUUUAUUGACGACCCCGUUAAUAGCGUAUCUCUACGCAACGAAAGAAUUAAACAUGAGAUUUGAACAACUGGGCCACCCGCUUGCGAGGAUAACUUUAGGUCAGACAGUUUUUGGCGUCAUUGUGAGUUGCGAUAGCGACGGUGUUGAGAUACGCUUGUCUGACGGAGUCAAGGCUAUCGCAAAGAAAGAACACAGUUACGGUAACAAUAGAAACGGUAAGUUGGUAAACAGCGUAGUCCUUUGGAAAGACGACUGUCUUUACGUGUCUCUGUUACCGGAAGUAAUGAACAGCAUCAGCUCGAAACAAGAUACGCUGCCCGCACUUCCCCUCAGGAUUACGUUGAUAGCCGAAAUUCUAAUGAUAACCGAGUGGUUCGUACUCGUGCUAGUAAAACGCAACAAUUCGGGAUAUCUGGCGUGUCUACCUGUCCGGCGAAAUUUAAAUCACUUCUCUCCCGAUUUGCCAUGUUACAAGGUGCAUGCUAAAAUUCGCGUGUAUUGUGUAUCAAACAAAAACGAUUUCUCUAUGCCAGUUUGCAUGUUGGAGUCGGAAUAUGAAAAUUUGAGAGCUACGAGCGAAACAGUAUCGAAGUCAAGUUGCGGCCCAAACAGCAAAUCGUCGAAGAGAAAGAAACUGUCCAACGGGAACGAUGUGACUCGUUCAAAGAAGAUGAAAAAAAUCUGAAAACUUUGGAAGAAGAGCGAAUAAAGCGACGAUUUCAAAACAAAAAAUGCGAAACAAAGACACGAUGUGUUACAAAAAUAAAUAUAUGUUGAAGAAUAUAUCUUUGUGAUGCGUGUACUUUUUACACUUUUGUUUU